GCCCAUAUUUGUUCAUAAAAAAAGUCAGGCCCAAACAAAACCCUAAUACCAGAAAACCCUUUGCUUAUAUACGUAACCAAACAAGAGAAUGAAGGUUGAGAGAGACAGAGAUGUCGAAGAGAGGUCGUGGAGGAUCUGCGGGAAACAAGUUCCGUAUGUCACUGGGUCUUCCAGUGGCAGCUACGGUGAAUUGCGCUGACAAUACUGGUGCAAAGAAUCUCUACAUCAUUUCAGUGAAAGGAAUCAAGGGACGAUUGAACCGUCUUCCUUCAGCAUGCGUUGGUGACAUGGUCAUGGCUACUGUCAAGAAGGGAAAACCUGAUCUCAGAAAGAAGGUUUUGCCUGCCGUUAUCGUUCGUCAGCGUAAGCCUUGGCGCCGAAAGGAUGGUGUCUUCAUGUACUUUGAAGAUAAUGCUGGUGUUAUUGUGAAUCCAAAGGGUGAAAUGAAAGGUUCUGCUAUCACUGGUCCAAUUGGUAAGGAGUGUGCUGAUCUUUGGCCUAGGAUUGCCAGUGCUGCCAAUGCCAUUGUAUGAUUGGAGAAUCUGUUCCAAUGAGCUUAUGUAUCUGUUUUGAGAACUUGAGUUUGUCUAGGAUUUUGGUUUUGCUUAAAUUUGUCACUGUUUUUUCUUUCUUAGACUUAACUUCAAGUAUCUUUUUGAGAUCAUAUUAUUUUCAUUUGUAUCCGAGAUUGGUUUUUGAUACUCUGCUAUUUUCUAUUAUGAUGAUAUACAUUAUUUUAUCUUUGUAUCA